CGGUAUCGAAAUAUGGUUCGUGAUCGUCACGAGACAGGAGCCAGUCAAGUUGACGACAGAUCGGGGGAGAGAGAAGGAGAGAGAGAGUGAAGGCUGAGAGAGCCGUGGAACCACGGAGGCCGAGAUUAAACGUGAUUAGAUCCGCGGGAAUGUCCGAAGAAUGUCUCCUGAAUCGCUGAAGUUAGGGGAGGAGGGACGGGUGUGGCCACGCGCUGGUGGUUGUGGUGUGAGCCACUGGGAGAUUAGAGGAAACCACCGGAGUCCAGAGGAUGCGGCUCAUCCAACAGCAGCGCAUCCUCAGCCUUGCCUCGAGGCGAGCCUCACGGCUAGAGGAGCCAGGAGUACGUAAGCGAUGGAGGAUAUGCUACUCCAUGUAGACAGGGCCAUGGGCUCAGAAGUUUCGGAUAGAAAUAAUUCCAAACGACCGAGACCUUUGUUUAGCGAGUCCGAGAAUGCUGGCACGGAACUAGAUCGCUGUCCGAAUCAUGAAGCGAUUCUGGAGCAUAUUCCGCAGAGCUCUGGACUUCCGACGACCAGUUUGUAGCAGCAGCAACUACGUUCGCGCGGAGUUGCGAUGCCAUCACAUCUCUCCAUCUCCAUGGCCAGCCGAGCCGGGCUGAUAGGACUGGAGAAGAGAAAAAAUCUAGCGAGGCCAUGGAUGACAUUAGAGCCAGGCAGCCAGCAAGCAAGCAAGUCAGUGAGUGAAGAGAGCGAGGUUCGUUGCUCCAGCAUUGGCAAAGCCUCGUCUGCUCGAGAGAGAGCCAUAAAUGCAUCGGGUAUCAAAGGAUGGAAGAUUCCAACGUUCGAACCGUGGGCUCAGACACGGGUACACGUGUUUUGCAUGCAUGUGGGGAUGGAGAUACUCCAAAUAGACUCUCAACACCAAAGUAGCGAGAAGUAUGGGGCGAAAAGCGAGGAUCAGCUUCGGAAUCCUCACACGAAUCCCGUUCCGCAGUUCAGUCGUUCAGGAUACGGUCAUUCCUCGAGAGAUCUCCCUCUCUGACUCUGUGGUAGUUGCCAUAGCUCGUAUUGCAGAUCCCUAUCGACUGGAGGGAUAAUCCCUCAGCAGUACAGAGCCGAGCACUUUCCAGUUCCACGGGACCUCCACCUCACACUCUGGUCACAGAUUAGCGUCAUAGACAGCCAACUCCGGUCAACCGAUAUCCGAGCCUCCAUUAAACAAAAUCGAGCUGCAGGAGCAGCUGCUAAAAGGAAUCAUUCGGGUUGCAGAAAGGCAUCACAGAGAUUCUAAUCGGGUCUGUGAUGGUGAUGCAUUGCGGACUAAACGACAGUCAGGCCGAUUCAUGUGAACUUCGUGUGUGGGGCCGGUGGAGAUACUUUAGUCCUGAGUGCCCACUUGUUUCUACCAGGUUUGCCCUGGGGGUAGUAAGUGAAUAUGAGAGGGAGAGAGAGAUAGAGAGAGGGCCACCAUCUUUCUUAGAGUUACGGCAAUCACGCGAGAAAAGCAUGUCAUGGUCGCUGAUUGCGAACUACUGGCGGGUUUAGCUUGUUCAGUGCAUAAU